GGCGGGCGACGGAAGGGGCGCGCGCCCCUCCCUUUCCCUCCCGUCUCAACCGGAGCGAAGCCGGCAUGGCUCCCAAGAGUUCCCGGCGGACGGGAUCCCACAAGGCGCACUCUUUGGCCCGCCAAUUGAAAACGAAACGGCGCCGCCGGGAUCUGGAUCAGAUCCACCAGGAUCUGCUCCCUGAGAACACGGCGAAGCUCCUGCGCCAAGACCCCGAUCCGGACAUGCCCGGGAGCGCGCAGCACUAUUGCCUGCAUUGCGCACGGUAUUUUGUUGACUCAAAAAGCAUGAAGGAUCACUUCAGAUCUAAAGUUCACAAAAAGAGGCUGAAACAGCUAAGCGAGGAGCCGUACACCCAAGAGGAGGCUGAGAGAGCAGCUGGGAUGGGGUCCUACAUUCCUCCUAAGAAGAUCGAGGUUCAUACACAGCCCUUGGAGGAGAUGGAGGAAUCCAGCUGAGAGCAACGGGGCUUCUCUCUAGCUUGUUUGGACUUUCUGAAGACAUCCAAGAAAACAGGGAGGACAUUCUGGCAUAAUUGUUGGGGGGGGAUGUAGGUCUCUCUUGCUCUCCCUGUCUUCAGACAUCACUGUUUCAGGGUAGUAGAACUGAGGUAUAAAACCAAGCAAAGGGCUUUCAGCAGAGAAGGGUGGUGUGCCUUUUGCUUCGAAAAUAAAGGACGUUUUCACCCUGUCUUCGUUGGCAACAGAGUUCAGUGAAAGGUCUCAAACGGGAUGAGCAAGACACCCCGCUGUUAUAAUGUCCUGGCUAUAUAACUGAUUGCUUCCCUUGGCUCCCGUUGAUAGGCUGUGGCUCUGGAUUUUGAGGGAUUUUCCUGUUAAUGUGAGCUAUUCCAUUUCCUAAACGAGUCCUCUUAAUAAAUGAGCUGACAAUCUGUUGCCAGAC